GGAGCGGGAGAAGACUAGCUGCGGGGGCAGGGCAGAAGUAAUAAAUAUUUAAUGCAUCAUAGAUUCCUCCCCCAAUAGAGCCAAAGCAAGAAUGGAAUACAUUAAUUGGCAGCUGACAGCUGCGGACUGAGAAGUAGCAGAGAAAAACGACAAAGAUGAGCGAUUGAUGCUCAGUCUAGUACAAGUGCAAGAUUGUGCGGCUGAACAAACUAACUGGAGUUAUCAGCGGUCCGAGAAUUUGCAGAAAAUAGCAACAUCUGAAGUGUAAUGUUGAAGAAAAAGUAAAAUUACAGUGAAAAGAUACAUUUGCGUCCCGGAAAGUGUGAAAGAGGGGUUAUUGUUCUAAAAGAAGGCAGGGAAGGAGGGGAGCUAUGCAAGGCGCCUUCUCUCUCCCCGUGACAGCAGAUCGCAGUCGGAAUAAGGAGCGCAUUGAGGCGAGCCUGGCGGGGCUCUGCAAACUGGAGCUUCUGAAGCAGAGGCAGGAGUGCCUGGUUCUCGGCGCUUUGUCUUUCGGGGACACCGUCCCGGGGCACCCCGCCCGCGGCGACCUGCAGCCUCCCCUCUCCGCCCCCUCGGGGCCCAUGCCAGGGCAAGAUGACUUGACUUUGAGACGCCAGUUGAACAGCUUGCAGUGCGCCCCCUGGGGGCUAGUGACAGCUCUGGAGCAGCAAGUGGGGGAACUGAAGGUGGAUACGGAAACAGCCUCCGCCGACUCGCUUGGUGAUGCUGGAGACAGCCGGCCCAGCUCAGGGUUUUACGAGCAGAGUGAGGGUCAGUCGCCGCUGGGCUUCUCCGAUCCCUCUGCUUUUGAUGAGCUCUCUCCCGGCCACGCCCGGGCCAUGUGGAUGGCCAGUGCGCAAAGACCCAAGUCUGUCGGGGACAUCUUUGCUGCCAAUAGGGGGGGCUUGCUAGAUUAUGUGCCUCGUGGCGCGGUGCCACGGUCCUUCUCCGUCCCUCACGCGUCUCUGAAGGGCAUCGCAGAGGGUGGGGAGGUGGAACCCUGGCCUUGGGACCCAAGGUAUCCAGCUGGAUUUGAGUCGGAAACCUACGGAGAGGACUUCCAGCAAGUUCUGCGCGUGGAGAGAUAUAUCCUGGGCUUGAUCCAGCGAUACACCCUGGCCCCCCGGCCCAGCAGGUCUCGCGGCGGCCUCGCACUCGAGGCCAGGGCCAUUUCCAGACAAAACAGUCUCUGCUGGACGAAGAUUCCUCCUGCACUGGAACGCAGUGACAUGCCACAGAAUCUGGGCCGCCAGGUGCAGCCAAGUCACAGUACAGAGCAAGGGCAAAGCAGAGGGGUGGCCCAGGCUCUGGAGGACUUCCUGCCUCUGCUCCGUGCUCGACCCACACCUUCACACCUGAAUGACCUACACCAGGCUUCCCUAGACUUUUCCCGCAGGGCUCUAAAACCCAACCGCGGACAGGAAGUGUCUUCCCAGAGGUACUAUCUACCCUAUUCUCACCAAGUACCAGGUGAACAGUUAGUGAAGGCUCAGUGCAUUCCUGGCCAGGCACGGCAAACUCUAGCCUCUACCUCCACACACUGGCCUUCUGUGUUUUCCAAUUCAGGCUGGACUUUGCAUGCCCCCAAACAUCUCAGGCCCAGACCGGAGACAUCUGUGAAGAAAUGCUACCCUGGGGAGGAGCACCCUCCCUCGAUGAAACAAGGCCGAACGGCCUGCCGCUCCCAGUCGGAGAACAGUCUGUUGGACCAUCAGUCUACUGAACACAAGUACAACACUGUAGAGCAAGAUCAGCUGAAGGGGAGCCAAGCCCAACCAGAAGGGUCCCAGCCAGUCAGUACAGUGGACAGAUGCUGGCACUCCACACAGGAGAUCAACCAAGAGGCGGAGCCUCUGGGUGGCCACGCCUCCAGGCACGGCCAUAGGCCAUACCCUCCCCCUACCUAUUGCUACUCCUCUGGGCUCUUGCAUCCUCAACAGGGAGUCGGAUACACUGAGUGUGCAGCUUGUCAUACAGCAGAUGGCUGCAUCAAACCAGGUCUCAGAGACACCGAAUCAAGCACGAGCGAAGCAGAUUCCGCCGGUUCCAGCUCCUUAUCCAGCGACUCCGACGAGGGCGGGAGUCUGGUGUGGCCCCAGCAACUGCUCCCUCGGCUAAUUCCACCCUUGGCUCCUGCCCAGGCCUCGGAGCCCGGGGCGUUCACGAAGAUCAAGGCCUCGCACGCCCUCAAGAAGAAGAUCCUGCGUUUCCGCAACGGUUCCCUCAAAGUCAUGACCACAGUCUGAAGACGGCGCUCCCAUCUUAGCUGCCCCAUCUGUCUCUUUAGCGUGAAUGUCGCCCUCUGUCUCCUUAUCCACCUUAUUCCUGUGUAUGGCCUGUUACACUGUGUGCUCUGUGUGAAAUCCAGGGCCAAUCCACAGCUCAGGUAACCUAUGAAACUUCACCCCACUUCUCAGAGGGUCUCUUUGGAGGUACUUGAAGUAACCGAUGUAGAAGGUCUGUGUCCCACUCAGCUGCUGCAUGAACCAUAUAAUUAGACCACAGAACAGGCUACCUGAUUCUGCCUUAUCCCACCCAAAAACAACCUUCACCUCACAGUGCAUCUUCUGUUGAUAUCAUCCUGCUAAACCCAACCAGCGCUUCCACGAUAAUUCUCUAAGGUAGAUCUGGAAAACCCACAACGCAGGACUGGAUUCUUUUCGGAGAAACUAGCGGCGUAGUGUCAUCCAAUGUGAUGCGGUGCUGUGACACCCAAACCACCGCUGGUUUGUAAAAUGGCCAUAUUGCUGACAGUAUGUAGCUUCAUCUUAGAGUAAAUCACACCUGGGAAUAAAAACAUCUGUUUACCCAAAGCAGAACAAAGAGUAAACAUGGAAUAAUGGAGGAAGCCUUCUGACAUCAUCUACAUUCUGUAGCCACUUGUCCCGUUCAGGGUCACAGAGCCUGUCCUGGGAGACUCUUCUGGUGGCAUCGAUAUUUGUGAAAUGAGACAGUGGGGGGGGGCACACAAUGAGUGUCUCAGGAGGAGGAGUCAGUGGGAGUUACUUGUAUUGAUUUAUCUGCCCUAUCUGCCACACACUGCAUAUUUUGGUAUGUCUUGUUUUGUGAGUACCAGUUUGACACCAGUCCCGUAAAUCCAGUUUGUUUAUAUUUUGGUCCAUUAGCUUAGCUAACUGGUUUACCUUUUCUAAUUCCUGUUAGCUGAGACCCAACCCCAUCACCACAAAAACCCUGAAAAGGGAAAAGAUUGUAAAUAAACCGGUUCUUUGCUGCAAA